AUGCAGCACUUGGCAACGGCUGUGUCGGCAGCCGCGGCGGCGGCGGCAUUUUGUCUUUCCCACCAUGCCGCCGAAGCCUUCUUCGCUCCAGCAUGCCCCGCUCCUCCGGGAGGUUGGGCCGCGCGGCCGCCGCCGCCGCCGUCUCGGUCUUCGGUAGCGACGGCGUCCGCAACAACGGCAGCGUCGACGGAAGACGAGGUCCAGCGGAGGCAUUUCUACGGCUACGGGGACCCGGACCACGUGCCCUCCAUCUUGCAGAACAUCACCGCGCAGCGGUACAUUGACGUGGCGGAGGCAAAGGCACGCGUCUCGGAGACCGAGCUGAGGAAGCAGAUGGAUGACUUCGCGGCCAUGAACGGCGGCCCGAUCGACCUGUUCUAUCGGAUCACCUCGGAAGAGCCGGAGAUGGCGAUCGCCGCAGAAUUUAAGCGCGCCAGCCCUUCCAAGGGCGACAUCGCGGUGGGCCUCAGGGCUGGUGAGCAGGGAUAUCUGUACGCUUCCGUCGGAGCCGCCGUGUUGUCCGUGUUGACGGAGCCCAAGUGGUUCAAGGGCUCGCUCGCGGACAUGAAGGAGGUCCGGGUCGCCACCAACAAGAUGCGGGAGGGCAAGGCCGAGAACAGAACACCCACCUAG